UUUUAGAUUAUAAUAAAUCAUAACCGACAACAUAAAGAAUGAUAGAUCCGAAUGGUGCAACAACAGAUGAUGUUGAUGAUGAUUAUAUGUCCGAUACAUAUACAGCUCUGGAUGUACGACCUGGAAUUGCCAGAACUCAAACGCAAUGGCGACAUUUGAAAGCAGAAGCGAAACGGGUGGAAAAUAUUGAACGUUUGCGGAAUCUUCCAAAACGUUCGGAAAUGGAGAAAAAGAUGCGGGAUGAUGCACUGGCAAAGCCUGUUAGCGAGAAUUCGAAAGGAUUCUUGUUGCUUUCCAAAAUGGGUUACAGACCAGGGAUGAGUUUAGGCGUAGAAAAAGAAGGUUGCAGUGAAGGGAUCAAAGUGCCCAUUGCAUUGGAGCUGAAAACUAAUCGUACAGGAUUAGGGCAUGAUGCGGAAGAGCAUGAAAAACAAAGACAACGCAUGGAUCUUUAUCAAAGAGCUGUACUGGAAAGGGCGAAAGCUAAUGAUGUACUUAUCGAUGAUUUUUCUAUUAGGAAACGCUGGGCAGCGCGUAUGAAACAGCUAUCGAAGGAUUUGAAGGAAAGUCGGAAAGUAUGUCAGGAAUUAGAUGCCAGAAGUGGUUUGGAACUUCCUACAUCUAGUCAUUUUUGGCCAAUAUAUAAAGUAUCGAAGGAGGAUAACACGCCUUCAUUGAAAAAAACAAGAAUUGAAGAAUCGACGUGCAUUACGGAAUGUUUCACUUAUUUUAAUGGAAAAGUGGCACCUGAUGAUCUGAACACUAAUGAGUUACUGGAAAAUGAAAUUACAGAAUGGUUAAUAGCGCUAACGAAGUAUCUCCGUGCUGCCCACUGCUAUUGUAUUUGGUGUGGAGCUCAGUAUGAUUCAAAGGAAGAAUUAGAAAAUAGCUGUCCAGGAAAGACGAGAGAAGAGCAUGAAGAUUAUGAUGAAGAUAGUUAGAGAUAUUGUUAUAUUUUUUCAUUCUUCCAGAGAGUUUUAUUCCAGAGGUUUUGUUCGUGACACUUAGGUUGCAAUCGCAUAUUAUCUAUAAUUCAAGUCUACAUGAUAAAUACACUAUAGAUUGAUUCAUCUUCUGAUUCUAGUAAUAAAACGAUAAGUGAAUAUUGGUGUGUCUUUUUUGUUUUACCUGUCGAGAAUUGAUAAUAUUUUCUGGUUUACAUAAAACAUGCAAAAUUUGUAUUACGCUGAUUACUUAUGUCUUUUUUUUA